CCUCACCUCUUCUCUUCCCACUAUAUAUAGACACUCCUCACCACCUUUGUCUUUUGUGUUACUUAAAAAAAAGCAAAAGUGUUUGUCAAUAUAAAGAGAGAUCUCAUCAACCCAUUCUGAUUGAACACAGCCAACAACAACAAAGCUCUUGUUUUGAUCCAAACCUAUUUCGAUUCUGCUGUUUUCUUUCCUGGUUUGUAAGGGCUUGUUUGGUUUUGGUGUUUUUUCUAUGGCUGUUCAAGCGCAGUUGUAUUCGGAGAAUCUUGGAUUUCCUUUGGGCAUGGACAACAAUGUUUGUGGGUUCAACGAGUUCUAUGUUAACCUUCCACAGAAACAAACAUUUAUACAACAAGACCAGUUUCAGAACCUAAACCAAAACAAUAGUAUUUCUCUUCCAAAAACUCAUCAAUCAAUGGCGUUUUCUCGAAAUUUAGCUUCUCAGAUCGAGAAGCAAAGGCAGGAGAUUGAUAUUUACAUCACUUUACAGAAUGAGAGAUUGAGAUUGGCUUUGCAAGAGCAGAGAAAGCAACAACUAGAAGUGCUUUUGAAGAAAUUUGAAGCAAAAACAAAUUUGAUCCUGAAACAGAAAGAAGAAGAGAUGGCAAAAGCUGUGCAGAGGAGAAUGGAGCUUGAAGAAUUCUUGAGAAGAAUGGAGAUUGAGAACCAAACAUGGCAGAGAGUGGCCAAAGAAAACGAAGCCAUAGCGUUAAAUCUUAACGGCACAAUCGAACACCUCAAAGAAAAUGCUUGUUUAGCCAAUGGGUUCGAAGAUGCAGAGUCGUGCUGUGAUGAGAUGAUGAACAACAGAGGAGGAACAGAGGAGCAAACAGGGGAAAACAGAGGAGGACAUGAAUGUGAAUUAGAAAACGGAGAGAGAAAUUUGAGAAAGAUGGUCUGCAAAGGCUGUAAUUCUCAGAGGUCAUGUGUUGUUUUCCUACCUUGCAGGCAUCUUUGUUCUUGCAAAGCCUGUGAAGCUUUUCUUGUGUCUUGUCCUGUCUGUGGAGGGGCAAAGAGAGCCAGCAUAGAGGCUUUGAUUUAAUUUCAUUUUCUAGGUCGAUUUCAUACUUUCCCGGAAAAUGAAAGAAAAUGGAUGAAUUUCUUCCGUACCGUAUGAAAUGCAGUGUUCUUUAUUUAUUUAUGUGGAAUUUUUAAAAUAUAUUUCCAUUAUAGGGUGUCUGUUUGGAAUUGAUACUAAAGCAACACCUACUAAACUGAACAGAAAUAGAGGACAAUAGCAUCUUUUUCCUUUCC